GACGAGCACACAUUAGUUUGGCCCGGGAGUCGUACGGGAGAGGAGUGUUUGUUGCAUCUCCUCCUUGAGAAUAAAGUCCCUCCUCAACGGUCUCAAGUGGUCGCAGUGUUCAGUCCCCAGUUUUCUGACUUACAAAGUCUUUUUAAAAGCCAGGGUGAUUACUCUUGUCUGUUUGUAAAAGCCAUUGUACCAGAUUUUUUUUAUAUACUUGAAAAAAGUUCAUAAUCGCGUCUUUUAUAUUUUUAAAAGCUAAAAGUUUGCGCUAAAUUUGUGAUACGAUGAAUGUUACAGCCAAGCCAAUUGGAAAAUAAGCGAGCGAUUUGUCUAUCGGAUGUUAUCAAGCGUCGUAAAAUGAUCCUAACUGUGUUGAACCUUACGCACUUUGUUCAGUGUAGUUCCGGAGACUGUUAUUAAAAGAUAAACGAGAUAAAACGAGCAGAAAAAGUUUUGUUUCUAAAUACUUGCAACUGACCACACAAAAUUUUGAAACUUGGUCGCGGAAAAUCAGACAAACUGGUUCAAAGGGCUUUUGAGAACCUUCCUUCGGCAGGAGGUUCAGAAGACAGCCAAAGCAGCACCCUGAAGCUGUACAAGAUGAGACUGGGUGACGCAGGCGACGGCGUUGACGGAAGCAGUGUAGACUUGGGGCGUCUGUCCCUAGGAUAUGGCCAGUGGAGCGUCGAUCCCGACACGGGUGUCCUGUCGGUGACCGAAGCAACGCUCGCGAGGCUAAUUAACACCGACCCCAUCGACAGAUGGUACAUUCUCGAUCCGGAACCCAUUGCAAGGGGACAGUUCGCCGUAGUUUAUCACUGCCGUCACCGCAUCACCGGCGAGGAGUUUGCCGCAAAGUUUUCGUCGCGAUGGCGUAUGGGGGCCGAUUGCACGGCAGACAUCAUCCACGAGGUGGCCGUCUGCGCCAUGUUGAAACCCACCAACAGGACCAUCCAGCUCCAGGAUGUCUUCAGCACGGACACUGAGCUUGUCUUAGUGAUGGAGUACGCCGCUGGAGGAGAUCUCCAGACCCUGCUGGAUGAGGAUAGGGUCCCCUACGAACGCGACGUCAUAAGCUUCACGCGACAGCUCCUCGAGGGACUCGUGUUUAUUCAUGAUCAGAACAUCGUUCAUCUCGAUAUCAAGCCACAGAAUUUAGUGCUCAUGGGGGAAUUUCCCGAUUGUGCCGUGAAGCUGUGCGAUUUUGAGAUUUCCCGGAUGUUGACUCCCGGCCGAGAAGUCCGCGAGAUUUUGGGCACUCCAGAUUAUGUUGCUCCCGAAAUUCUCCAUUACGAACCCAUCACAAAGAAAACUGAUAUGUGGUCUUUGGGUGUUCUUACGUACGUCCUCCUGACGGGAUUCCUGCCCUUCGGCGGCGAUUCCGACCAGGAGACCUUCCUUCAGAUUUCGCGAGGAGAGCUCGACUUCCCAGCAGAAUUGUUCGAAGACAUCUCCCCGGAAGCAAUCGACUUCAUGAAGCGUCUCUUGCUCAGACAGCCCGAGAGAAGGAUGAGUGCAAGGGAAUGUCUCAGCCACCCCUGGAUGAAGAAGGAUAUAAAACGACCAACCACUUUAGACAUUCCGCCAUCAGCUUUGUGUACACCAGCAAGCAGUGCUAACCCUAGUCUUCCACCUGCACCAGUGCCACCCACGCCAACACCAGCUACGCCAGUCACUGCAGCAACUCCCACAGAAAUUGUUUCUCCAACACGGGACAUUGGUCUUCCUCCAUUCCAUCCCAACACACCAGUCAAGCAGUAUCCCCCAUUCUUCGAAUCUACAUCUACACUCACCUCCCCCGUCACUGCCAUGCCACCAGUAGUACCUCAAACACCCCUACAAAGGCAGGAGUCUCGUGCAUACAGACCUAACUUAGAUCGCCUGAAAAGCAUGUCUAAAUCCCGCGAGGUCCUUUCGGAGAGAAUUCAGAUGUCUAAUCUGAAAAAAACCAUUUCAAAAUCAAGAGAAAGGCUUUUCGACGUCAAGCUUGGGCUUUCCAAGUCUCGAGAGAGGCUCAUGGGUCUCCGAUCUUUCUCUCAGUCAGUUGAAGUUCUUUCGGCUCUUUCACAACUCAACCAAGAAAAUGCUAUGUACCAGAGUUGCAACAAUAUUUGCUUACCCAUGGUAGAGCCAUCUGAUAAGGAGAGUGAUAUUCCAUGCAGAAUGUACAAAAGUCUUGCAGCCAUUGAUCAGAUUGAUGACGAAUGCACUCACAAGCUUGGGUAUUUUGAGUCUAAAUUUGCCAAAGGAAGUGAAGAGUACAAUGACAGGCUUACAAGACAUAAUACAAAUAUGAAUAGUUUCAUCAUCACACAAGAUACUCCAAAAGCAAUCAGUGAUAUAGGAAGUGAAGCUCGCCUUCGUGGCGGAGGAAGAGGUGGACGUGGUGGAGAUGUAUGUGAUAAGAGAUGCCCUCGCCACACCCACAGACAGCCAGAAGCACAACCCACCCAGAAAAUACCCAAGGUCAACAGAGCUGAAAGAAUGAAGAGAGAUGCACAGAGACGACGAAAAGAGAGAAAAGAGAGGGAAAGAGAAGAGAAGGAAAAACAGAAAGGCCACACAGUUACUGACCCAGAGGUAGUUACUCGUUCAAGUAUUAAGCCACAAGAAAAAACUGAUGGAGCAUCAUCUCCAGUAGGGCGUAGAGGUUCUGUGUCGCACGUAGAGCAGCGCUUAGCAGAAAGACAUGAGAGACAACAAGAGCGUCUUGAAAGGCAAGAGAGAGAAGAGAGGAGAGGUAGCUUCAGUAGCAGAAGACGUGGUUCUGUUGAUAUUGAUAGGGUGAACUUGAAUGAAAAGUCGAAAACCAGCAGACAUAGCAUUAACUUAGGAGUUUCUCAUGAGAGACCACGAAGUACAACCCCAACAAGGAAAAGUAGAAGUAAGAAAGAUUCUGAUGAAGGCAGUGAUGUAUCUAAGGCUUCAUCCAUGGAAAGUGUGGAGGGCAAUUUAGACAGUCCAAGAACUAGCACCAGACGUAAGAGACCCACAUCUUUGGAGCUACCUGAAAUUAGAAUAUUCCAGGACGACAGUAAACCAGAAUCUCAGAGGGGAGAUGUCAACGAUAAUUUUGUGAAGCAGGAAGUACGAGCAGAUAUUGAUGAGGCCUAUGUAUCAUUAGAUGAGCCAAGUUCUUUAAAUCGAAGCAGAAGUAUGGAAAGCAAUGCAUCCAAUGAAUCUGAUAACACAGUUACUGAUUUGAAGGGAGAAACGAGAACACAAGAUAUAAUAGAAGCAAUUCAGAAUGCCAGCAUUGUAAAAGAGAGUGAGCCAAGUAAUGAAAAAGAAAACAGUGAAAUUAAAACUGAAUCCGAGCAGCCAGCAGAAGAAAAGAAGGCUUCAGAAUCGACAGAAAAGGCUUGGGAGCCUUCCUCAAAUUGUGAUAGUGUAAGUUCGGCAGAACUUCCAGUUAUUCAAGAGGAGGAGGAUACCCUCUCGUUGAAAUCGAUAUUACCAUCAUAUGUGAGGUCAGUUUCAACAAGCAGUGACAUUGGGAGUAUGAUCAGUGAAGGAAGUGAAGGUUCUGUUGAUCCAGAUGAAUCACUACCUCGUAGUCCCAGCACAGACACAGAGCUCCAUCCCGACUGGAAGGGCAGAGGAAGAUCUUUGAGUAUACAGCCUGGAUUAACCACGCCUUCAAAGAACAGAGGAAGAUCUAGAUCAAAUUCCGUUCAUCUCGAGCCAACUGUCAGCAGCCGUGCCAGACCCUGGGGAGGUGUCUGCAAUGGAUCUAUUGCAAGAGCUUUGGAAAAAUUUAACAUCAAGGAUGAUGACAUGACACCGGUGGGCCGAAGUAUCCAACAUAGGCGUAUGUCAUCCCCCGGGAUUUCUCCAUCAGCAGAAAAUAUGCCACCUUUUCAGUAAAAGCAUUAGUCAGCUUUCACCCACCAAACAUAGGAACGAGCAGUUUAUGAUAAUCUCUGUGAGAGCAUUAUAAGUCUUUGAACCUGUGAAUUAGUACACCACUGACACAUCUUCAGCAUUGAAUGUGUUGGUAAAAGAAUGUUUCUUCAAUUUUUAUAUUUUUUUCAAAUGUUUACCAAAGCUUGUCCAUACUCCCUAGUCAAGUACUUACUUCUUACUUUUGAGAAUAUUGUAUUUUACUUCAAUUCUAUUCCAAAUAGUAAGUGCUCUUGAAAGAACACUAAAUAUAUUUUAAUUUUACUCUUAAUUUUAAAGUGAAAACAGUACUUGAAAAUGUUGCCAAUUGUAUGUUAGAUACAUCAGUCAUAAAGCUAGACCAUUACUCAAGAGGUUAUGCUGUAAACUUUAAAGUUGAAAAACCUCCCCAAUACAAAAAAGCCAAUUAUUUUAACCAAAUGUGCCUUGAGGCUCGGCAGUAAAUGAGGCUUAUUUGUUAACUUGAAAACAGACUCCAAACCCCUUGCUGCCAGUCUGUGCACGUCUGACACGGUGCUUGUCAUAAAACGGGUAAUAAAACUUCCUCUCUUUCUUUGCUGGUGCUACAACCAUUACACCUGAACUUGUCCUUCUUCCACACAAUCUUUUUGAGCUUCGAAGCUUCCUUACUCUAAUCUUUUCAGUCUUAAUUAUUUGGCUCUUGCUUCUAUAAUAUUUUGUUUGUUGUCACCUUAUGAUGUUUGUGUUCGAAUCCGUUUUUUGUAUCUGAUUGUUAAUUCUUGUGUGAAAAAUAUCUGUCUACUUCAGAAAAAGUAUUUUUUAUAAAGAAAAACAAAAACUUCAUCCAAUCAUGUCAUCAUAGGGUUUAGAAUUCAUUUUGCAUCAUAUGUUUUACAUGAAUGUGUUGCCUUCCUGUCUUCUGUCACUCGCAUUUCUGGAAUUCAACUGCUCUGUUCUGUAUUUUUAUUUUCUUAUGUAAACCAAUUAAGCAAUAAUUAUGAGGCUCAUUCAGUUGCAGUCAGUUUGCGUGCAUUAGUUAGGGAAUAUGUUAAGCACUGAGGGACUUCUUAUUGCUGUCAUUCUUGUAUUCUUAUUUUCUUCUGCAAGGGAGUCUUAGGGAAAUGUCGUACCUUUGUUGUUACCAUAACAGCACUUUUCAAGUCAUUCUCUCCUCUCCAGUUGCAAAGAAAUUGAGAAUGAAUGAAAAGCAAGACGAAGCUUCCUCCAAACAUUUCUCCAAGUCAUGAUUUUAGUUUAUGUAUAUCCAUAUACCAGUUUUUUGUCCGUAAAUAAAAACUUCUGCGAAAAUA